CGGAGUGAACUGGGAGAGCGGGACGAUGGCGGCCGAUGACGCAGCUUUGGAGUCAUUGGUAACGGGUCUGUACGACGUGCAGGCUUUCAAGUUUGGGAACUUCGUGCUGAAGAGCGGGCUCUCUUCCCCCGUGUACAUCGAUCUACGGGGCAUCGUGUCUCGACCCCGUAUUCUGAGUCAGGUUGCAGACAUUUUAUUCCAAACUGCCCAAAAUGCAGGGAUCAAUUUUGAUACUGUGUGUGGAGUACCUUAUACAGCUUUACCAUUGGCCACGGUUAUCUGUUCAACCAACCAAAUUCCAAUGCUUAUUAGAAGGAAAGAAACAAAGGAUUAUGGUACUAAGCAUCUUGUAGAAGGGGCUGUUAAUCCAGGAGAAACCUGUUUGAUCAUUGAAGAUGUUGUCACCAGUGGAUCUAGUGUUUUGGAAACUGUUGAGGUUCUUCAGAAGGAGGGCUUGAAGGUCACUGAUGCCAUAGUGCUGCUGGACAGAGAGCAAGGAGGAAAGGACAAGUUGCAGGCGCAUGGGAUUCAUCUCCACUCAGUGUGUACAUUGUCCAAAAUGCUGGAGAUCCUUGAGCAACAGAAAAAAAUUGAUGCUGAGAUGGUCGAGAGAGUGAAGAGAUUUAUUCAGGAGAAUGUUUUUGUGGCAGCUAAUCACAAUGGUUCUCUCCCUUCUGUAAAGAAAGGACCCAAAGAACUAAGCUUUGGUGCACGUGCAGAGCUGCCCGGGAUCCACCCAGUUGCAUCAAAGCUUCUCAGGCUUAUGCAAAAGAAGGAGACCAAUCUGUGCCUGUCUGCUGAUAUUUCAGAGUCCAGAGAGCUGUUGCAGCUAGCAGAUGCUUUAGGACCCAGAAUCUGCAUGCUCAAAACUCAUGUAGAUAUUUUGAAUGAUUUUACUCUGGAUGUAAUGAAGGAGUUAACCAUUCUGGCAAAACGCCAUGAGUUUCUAAUAUUUGAAGACCGGAAAUUUGCAGAUAUAGGAAACACAGUAAAAAAGCAGUAUGAAGGUGGUGUCUUUAAAAUAGCUUCUUGGGCAGAUCUAGUAAACGCUCAUGUGGUUCCAGGCUCAGGAGUUGUGAAAGGCCUGGGAGAAGUAGGCCUGCCCCUGCACCGGGCAUGCUUACUCAUUGCAGAAAUGAGCUCUGCUGGCUCCUUGGCCACUGGGAGCUACACUGAAGCAGCGGUGAGAAUGGCUGAAGAGCAUUCUGAAUUUGUGGUUGGUUUUAUUUCUGGCUCCCGAGUAAGCAUGAAACCAGAAUUUCUUCACUUGACUCCAGGAGUUCAGUUAGAAGCAGGAGGUGAUAAUCUCGGCCAGCAAUACAACAGCCCACAAGAAGUGAUUGGCAAACGAGGUUCUGAUAUCAUCAUUGUGGGCCGGGGCAUAACAACAUCAGCUAAUCGUCUGGAAGCAGCCGAGAUGUACAGAAAAGCUGCUUGGGAAGCUUAUUUGAGUAGACUUGCUGUUUGAGUGUCUUGGAUACAUUUUUGUGAAGGCCUUGAAGAUACAUGGUCUCCUGAGAUGCCACUGGCUUGAAAUAAUAGCCUUUAAUACUGCUUGGAUUCUUCCACGGGUCCUGUGUGGAAUGACUUCUGGAGUUACCACGGCACACAGGAAAUAUUCUGUGACUUAUAAUCACUGCAGUGUCACUAUAAUCAGUUCAUUUUCAAGCUGUCUUUUAUUGAGACUGAUGUUGGUUAGGCAAUCACAGCCCUGUCCUGUUAGAAUCGUCCACAUUUGAGGAAGUCCCCCAUCUCUAGAUCAGACUUUUUGAUUCUUUGAAUUGCCGUGAGACAGAAAUUUUAGGUCAUGAAGAGGCUAAAACCAGUAGAGCAUUUCUUGUGUCCUUUAUUCUGUGUCUAAUGCAGUACCCUAAUAAUACUUACUUAAAUAUUAGCUGUCCUCCUCCUCCUCCUCUGCUUAAAAGUAAUAGUCCAGGUGUCCAAAUGGUGCUGGUUCCCAGCACUGCCUUUGCUCACUCACCGGAGCGGGCCCGGUGGGAAACAGGAGACGACUGUAGCUGAGCCCCUGAAGCCAAUAUCAGGCUUUCAUUUCAGCAUGGAGAGGGCUUCUGACUCACUUCUUCCCCGGGCCAGCAGUUUCAACCUGUGCUGAACCCCAGUCACUGAUUCCUUUUGCCUUAUUUCUAUCACAAAUGGACCAGCUUCUCCUUCAUUUAUUUAAAAAGACAGCAGCGUCAAGAGGUCUAAGGUUUCAUUUGGAGGUUUGCUUGAGGAUCCUGCAUGAUUGUCCCAAACGCCGUUGACAGAGAGGGAUGUCAGCCUUCACAUUUAGAAAUGAAGAGAAAGGAGCCCAGCAACAGAGCUGAAGUUUUUGGGUCUCCACUGUGGUGGGGCUGGACACUUCACGCGUGUGGCAGUUAGGCAGCCUCUCACUCUGGUCCCCAGUGCACUUUCUCCUGGAAAUUCUUCAGAGUUUCUGGACGACCCCCGUGCUCCAAUGCUGAUACAGAUUUUCUCCAUUUUUAUAUUUCUUUGGUCUGUUCAGGAAGCAUCUUAGAGGGAGGGGAGUGACGGGUGUGGGCUCAGGUGAUCAUUUUGAAAUGGCCCGGCUGCACAUUCAAGGCCCUGGGGUUCUAGAGCAGGGCCAGGUGGCAGUUGCAUUUGAAGGCUCUCAGUUCUGAUUCCACCAGCACACUCCCGAUCUGCCGUUCUCAUCUCGAUCAUGCCUACAAGCAGCGGCAGGCGUCAGAGGACACGCCAUUUCCUCAGGAUGACAGCUGUUCCCAUCUCUGACUGCCCCACUCUUCAGCUUUCGUGAGUCAGAUAGAAGCCUGUUAGGUCAACUCGGGUGCUUAUCUUGGAGUCUACACUUAGCAGCUUCUGCUCUGAAGUCCAGUUGAGCUUCGGGUCCCAUUGCUGCAGCUCCAGAGAAGUUCCCUCUGGGAAAGGCAAAUUAUCACGGAAUAAGGCUGGAAGGAAAUGGAAGAGGUGUGGCCUCGGGGCUACUCUGGAGGAGCUGAAAGUUAGGAAGAGGUGGAAAUUUUUCUACUAAGAACUUACGGGAAUUUCUUGGAUAUGUUAAAAGUCUUGGUGACCUCAAGGCCGAGAGACCUUUGCAGUAAUGUGCUGAGGUCUCAAGUGCCCACUUAAUGGACUCACUGGUUCUCACAUUUCAGCAUGCAUCAGAAUCGCCUGGAGUCUCGUUAAAUCAGAUGUUGGCCCAGCUCCAGCGUCAACUCUGGGUAGUUCUAGGAUAGGACAUGAAAGUUUGCAUUUCUACAAGUUCUCAGGCAAUGCUAAUGCUGCUGGGACAGGGACCACACUUAGAGCAUCACUACCCUGGUUAGUCACAUUUUUCUUCCACAAUGAAAUGGUCCUGGGGUCUCUUUCUCCUGCUGAGAACAGGAGAAAAGUCCUGCCAUAAGCAGUUCUGUUACUGAAGCUCACUCAGGGCCCCUUCUGGGUAACUUGAAGGGAAAUCAGAGGAGCAUCAAAGAAUCACCUGGGCCCCACCAUCAGAGAUUCUGUUUCAGCAGAUUUGAGGCGAGGCCUGGAGAUCUGCACUUCAACAGGUACUUCAGCUUAUUUUGAUGUUUCUUGAGACUAAGCCCAGCGCAGACAGUCUGGAGUCAUAAAACUUUGGAGCACAAAUUGAUUGAGACAAGACAAAGAAGAACUUGGCUGUCUAGCACCUAUGAGGGGACUGUUCAGCAUAGAAGCAUUUUAGAGGCAUUUAAUAGUUUAGCCCUUUCUCAGUCAAGAAAUAUUUACAGAGCCUGAGCUCUGAGCUUACAACACCGGCCCUAGUGAAGAAAAGGGGAACAGUCUUCACAGGGUGCCCAGAACAACAUCUGUAAGACUAAUGGGAGUGGAGAAUAUCAAUACUGGCCUCUUCCAGUACUCUGGGUGUUUAGUAGAGCAUAAGCCAGUCAAUUUGUAGUGCCGCAGGAACCUAAGAAACCUGGUCCGCUCUCCUUUAAAGCUACAGAAGUACAGACCCUGAAAAGUAAAGGGAUCAGCUCAUAACCAGCUUGUGACAGGCAACACAGGCCUGGGGUCUCAGACCCAGCUCAUCCUCACUUAUGGUGAUGUAGACUGUCUACGGUCUCUGGAAAAGGGCGCUGGAGGGUGAGGAUGGCAGCCCGGGGACACGCAACACCCACUCACCCACCUCUUCUGAACACAGUGCUGCUGGGUCCACGUCGGCAAGGCCCAGAAGCACCGCCAUAGGCUUUGCCAGGAUCUCCAAAGAAGAGAACAGUUACAGGGUAUCAUCUCCUUUGAGGUGGGUGGACACAAGGAGCAAGAGUGGGGAGGCUCAGGACUAGGGCGCGUGCGCACUGUGUGUGUGUGUGAGUGUGUGUGCGCGUACGCGCGCGUGUGUGUACACAUCAGAGGGCCAACUGGAUGCUUCUGCCGCGAGAGGAGCUGAGGUUUCUGACAGCCCAUCUUGGUCAGUGCGCUGCUGGCCCAUAGAUGCAGUCUGUGGCCUCCUACCAACCGUGGGUUUGCUGCUACGUGCCAGGGGUGGGCAAAAGAAAGAAAAUACCUGAGGAAAUCCAGCAACCAGGCGAGGAAAGCAAAGAAAACCACCUGUAACAGGUGUUAGCUCCAAGAGAGUAGGGAUUUCACCGUGUGUUCCGUGCAGUAUCUCUGCACCUGGAACGGGCCCAGCCAAUGUUUCUGAAUGAAUGCAAGCAUAGGUGCCUUCUGGUAAAGGGGAACUGCCACAGGAAGCAGACCCGCUUCAGAAUAACAAAAACAAGAUGACAAUUUGUGUGUGUUGGGGGGAGAGGGGACUAAAAUGAAAAUUUUCGUUUUGAAUGUGAAAAUGUGAUGGAAAAAUUUCAAGAUGGUAUGAUUAUAUUGAGAACUACACCUGUGGGCAGGAAGCUCAGGUGGAAGAAAUACCAAAAUUCAAAACAAAGGGACAAAGAAAUGGAAAUAAUGAGGGAGUAGAUGAGAGGCUUACAGAACAGAUUCAUGAAUGUAAAGAGGAAAAGACAAUGGGAGGACAGGAAAUAUUUACAGAAAUAACAGGAAAUAUUCCCCAGUUUGAAAAAAUACUUGAGUCUGCAGAAGCAAAGGGCCCAGUGAGUUCUAGGCAGGUGUUGUGGACAAAGGCAUACACCUGGGCACAUCCUGUCAAAAUUACUGAACUUCAAAGAUGGGAAAUUUUACAGACAUCUAGAGGAAUAAAAUACUUGGAAAGUGAAAAGAGUCCAACUAGUAGCAGACUGUCAUCUGUAACACUGGAAGCUUGGAGACAGGUAGUGACAUGCACAGGCCCUGAGAAAGGCCGGUCACAACCAGGAAUCCUGAGCCCAGCCAUGUGAUCCGCUGUCGGGCUGUAGCAGCCUGGUGUGAGUGUUCGUGGUGCACCUCAGUGCUCUGACUCACAUCGACACCAGUGAGUGAGAGGCACUGAGCAUGUGCCUCAAAAGGCUCCUUGGGGGAGGCCAGGAGUGCACAGGCAGAGCGGGGGUAUCUGGCCAAUAAAAAUGGGACCUGUCAGUCGCUGAAGCAGUGACUAUAUCCCAGAAUCUUAGGAAACUGGUUUUGGAAGCUCCUUAGAGAUCAUCUAAUCUGAUCAGCCCAUUUCACAGAUGAAAUUGAGUCCCACUGGGAAAUGAUUCACGCAAGGUUACAGAAGAGCCAAUUACAGGCAGAGUAAGGACUAGAAUCCCUGUCGUUACCCUCAGAUUUGGUAUUUUUGUUAUUACACUUUUUAUCCCGUUUCUGUAAGGUAGAUACAUUCAACUUUGUCCCCCUUUCUAUCAACAUGCAGAUACAUACUAUACAUAUAAUAUUCUUUCACCAUUUAAUCAAGUAUUUACUGAACACAGGGAGUGAACCUGACAUACAUCGUCCCAGUCAUUACAGAACUUAGUUUCCAAACUAUACUUUCAAAGGACUUCCAUACCAUCCUAAGAGACCGCAGCCAGUCGUUCCUUCCCCAUCAGUCACAGCUUCAUUGCUACCAGGAUUCAAUAGAAAGUACCAAAACAAGUGGCAAUUCUGUUAACGUCCCCAUCCUUCCUUCCUCCCUGAAUCCAUACACUUUGCCUUACGACCCAGCAGUUCCUCCCAUUUGAGGUGGAGAGCAUUUCCACAACCCACUGAUGUUGGACUCAGCUGUGUAGGUUUCUCUGGCCAAUGGAAUGUGGGGGGAGGGGACAGGGUUCCAGUUCCGAGUCUAGACUUGUGUUUCUGCCACCAUGAGAAGAGCAUGCCCUGAUUAGCCCACACGUCCCAGGAGAAUAAGAGCGGAGCAGAGCCCACACCAGCCUUCCGCAGCCUGAUGCCCGGGGGCCCCACCUGGUCCGCGAGCCUGUGAGCAUGGCAAUCAGUGCUCAUCACUGGACGCCAUGGGAUUCGGGGUGGGGGGCUGUGCAGCAAUAGCUAACUAACAGUUACAGUGUGCUGCGGCGCCCCACGUCUAGCCCUGGUCACCGGGGGGACAAAAGCUUGACUCCACCAAGACUCAGCCUUCCCCGCCUUCACCUGCGGCUGCUUUCAGAGAUCUCUCCAAAAGAAACAGCCACUCGGCUCUUGUGGGAACGCUGUGCUUCAGUAGUGAGCCCACUGUCAGCCAGUGGGUAACCAUGGACUCUGCAGUUUGCUUCCUCCACCCCUUAGCAGAUGGACGUGAUACGUGUCGUCAGUGCCCCUGGCUGACAGCAUGGGCUGAGAGGACCAGUGGGGCAAGGAUACCAAAACAUGUUUUUUGAAGGAAUCUGGUAUUUUUUUAAAAAGGGGGGAUGGGAAUCAGGACUCCUUAGGGUUCUUUAUUUUAUAGUUAAUGCUGUCUUUAUUAAAUGCUGUUUUAUUUUGGAUUAUAGGACAUAGGAUGCUAUAUCUUUUUUUAGAUCCUAGGACCUUUAAAGUUCGUAAUCUGGCUUUGAAUGAAUUUUUUUUUUUUUUUUUUUUCCUCUGCAAUCUGUUUUCUCCAUAGCCCUUCCAAGCCCACACUUGGCCUUUGUGCCUCAGGAAAGGGAUGCCACGAUGGAAAUACAAAGAGAAACAAAACAAUUAGAAUAUUUUUUAACUUUUAAAGUUCAAGGUCUUGACAUAAGGACUGCUUUGGAAGAACGUUUGCCUCUCUCCUUCCCACCAAGGGAGCAGGGGAGGAGUGUUCCUCUGGCCUGGGGAGAGGAACAGAAGGUGGAGGGGUGGACACAGUCAGAUCCUGGGGUGGGCUGUGGUACGGAAUCCCCACCCCAGGCAGGGAGGGAGGGAGGAAAAAAGAGGCACAGACAGCAGAGGAGCUCUGGGCCUCGCUUUUCUAGGAGGAGCCCAGGAGAGCAGUGACGCCAGAAAACCCACCCCAGCACGGAGCGUGGCAGUGGACUUGGAGGCCACGUGUGGCUGAGGCAGAGCCUGAGGCAGCCUGAGCUUCUGCGGCUCCGUAUAACAUGAGGGAGGAGCCGCAUUUCCCUGAAAAGGGCAUGGGAGUUCGCUGAGAAACAGAUCUGGUGGGCCUGAAGGCUCUCCCCCCACCAUGUAGGGACAUUUCAGCAGAAAGUGGUCCUCAUGAGGACAGUGACGUCUGAGCGGGUGCCGUGCGCACAGGCAGCUCUGUGGGCCUGCCUCCAAUGUCCUGCUGCUGCACUUAGCCCGCAGCGUGGGGCGCCGGGGACCCUGAAACGACUGUGAUGAACAAGACACUGUCCCUCUUUACCUAGUAACUUUGUUUUCUGUCAGCACUUGAAUAGAGAUGUUAAAAAAAAUAAUAAAAAUGGUUUUUGCACACCUGGA